CGAACGAGUUGCUUCAUAAUCGUUCUAUUAUUACGCAUGCGUUCAAAUGAAUGGAUUUCAUUCACAUCAUUCAACGUUGAAUUUAUGUGAUGUAUACAACUUAAUUUGUUUAUCUGUGUUAGUUUCGAUGUCUGAUCUUCAGCAGCAAGAUCUAAAUAUUAAUUAUAGGUUAAAAUUACCAACGCACCCUUGGGUGUUUGAAAUAUAGACCAAUCAAAAUUUUAAAACUGGUUGCGCAUGCGCAAAAUUCGUACCAUAGAGCGAACCUGGCGCAACAUUCUUAGAUUCUAUUUGAAGCGCACAUUUCCAUGUGAGACCACUGAUCUAGUAGAUUACAUUCCUAAGCAGGCUAAACCGUCUGAAAUGUUGUUGGACGCCACUGAAGAAGAUGUGUGCUGUACAAAUGCAAAGAUUCAAAGUUUGAAAUGUGCCAUUGUGGAACCAGCUGGUCGGUGGUUUGAGGCUUAUUGUCUGAGACGUCGUAGCAAACAAACCAUUUCACAGCACAGUUACAAGUCUACAAGUUCUACAGAGAGCUCAUCUGAAGUGAGUGAAGAUGAUGGCACUGAUGAAAAGCUGCUGCUCAGCCUAGACCCAAAAGAAUGGAAGAAACAAGACCACUAUGCAGUUCUUGGAAUAGCACAUUUACGUUGCCAUGCCACUGAGGACCAAAUAAAGAGAGCUUAUAAGAAGAAGGUUUUAAAGCAUCACCCCGACAAACGCAAAGCUCGUGGAGAGAAAGUGAAAGAGGGAGAUGAUGAUUACUUCAGUUGUGUCACCAGAGCCUAUGAAACACUUGGUGUUCCUGUGAAAAGACGGGCAUUUGACAGUGUAGAUCCUGAGUUCAAUGAUGAUAUUCCUGAGAAGGACAAGGAGAGCAGAGAGGAGUUCUUUGAAGUGUUCAGACCUGUCUUUGAGAGAAAUGAAAGGUGGUCCAAUAGCAAGAAGAAAGUGCCAAAACUGGGGGAUGCCAAUUCUACAUGGGAUGAUGUGAAUAAUUUCUACUCCUUCUGGUACGAUUUUGACUCAUGGCGAGAAUAUUCAUACCUUGAUGAGGAAGAAAAAGAGAAAGGAGAGAAUCGAGAUGAAAGGCGCUGGAUAGAACAACAAAAUAAAAAAGCUAGACAAAAGUUGAAAAAAGAGGAAGUAGUUCGGAUAAGAACUUUAGUUGAUAAUGCAUAUGCUUGUGACCCUCGUAUCCAACGCUUCAAAGAUGAGGAAAAAAGGAAGAAGGAAGAGCUGAAAAAAGCAAGGAAAGAUGCUGCAAAAGCCAAACAGGAGGAGGAAGAGAGGAUGAAGAGAGAGGCAGAGGAGCUUGAGAGACAGAGAAAGGAGAAGGAAGAAAGUGAAGCUAAAGCUAUAGCAACAGAAGCUAAGAAAGAGAAGGAAGCUCAAAAGAAAGCAAUAAAAAAAGAAAGAAAGACAAUGAGAAAUUCACUUAAAGAUUUGAAUUAUUUUGCCGGAGAUGACCCUAGCACUAAGAUACAAAAUAUGUCUGAUAUGGAAAAGUUGGCUGAGAUGCUCUCAUUAACUAGUCUGCAAGAACUGAAUUCCCAUCUAACAUCUGGAGAUGAAAACAAAGCAAAAGAAGGCUUCCAUGAAAAAAUCAACGAGAUGAAUAAAAAAUUAGAAGAAGAAAAGCGUAAAAAUUUAGAGGCCUCUCAGAAACAAACCUCUUCUGUGGGGGAAUCUGGUGGUAAGAUUCCUUGGUCAGAUGAAGAGAUGCAGUUGCUCAUUAAAGCAGUCAAUCUCUUCCCAGCAGGCACUGUUGAAAGAUGGGAGACAAUCGCAGGUUUCCUAACCCAACAUAUGCCCUCAAGCAACAGGAGUGCCAAGGAGGUCCUCUUCAAGGCAAAGUCUCUACAGAAAAUGGAUAGUACCAAAAUGAAGGAUGCUGUCAAUCAAAAAGCGUUUGAUAGAUUCUCAAAGUCACACAAGGCUAACCCAGCAACAAGUUCUGAGUCCAGUGGAUCUGAAAGAUUUGUUUCUCCCGCUGAACAUCUUGUGGCUGAAACUGGUUCUAAUCCAAACCCAUGGACAGCAGAUGAACAGAAGCUUCUGGAACAAGCUCUGAAGAAGUUUCCUGCUAGCACUCCAGAGAGAUGGGACAAGAUUGCCGAUUGUAUACCAACUAGGGGCAAAAAGGAUUGUAUGAAAAGAUUCAAGGAAUUAGCUGAGAUGAUAAAGGCAAAGAAGGCUGCUGCUGCUCAAGCCAAGACUGCUAAAUCAUGACAUCAUCAUCGAUUAGACCAAUAGGAU